AUGCUCCUCCGCGACCAGCCCCCCCGGCCGCCGAUCCGGGGGCUGGAAACCCUAAUCGGACAAUGCACGCCGCCGGAGGUGAAGCAGCUGACGGAGAGCGACAUCAAGGACAGCCAGGCGAGGCUAUCCCUGCCGAAGCCCUACGGCAGGGAGAGCAUCAAGCCCUUGCUGACCCCUGACGAGGACGUCGAGAAGGGGAUUCCGGUCACGGCGUACGACGCCGACGGGGAAAGGUUCGAGAUGAAGCUGAAGCUCUGGGCCAAUCGGAAGGUCUACGUGCUGACGAGCGGGUGGAAGCCGUUCGCCAAGGCUCACGGGCUGCGCCACCACGAGGAUUUCGUCACCAUUUGGGUUUUCCGGAAGCUGGACACGGGGAAUUUGUGCGUCGCUAUAACUUCGCGGCGGCUGCCGGUGUACUGGGCGCUGAAGCGGAGCCGGCCGCCGGCGAUACAAUGA